CGCGCGCAGCUGCCGCGGGCUGGGCCGGGGCCCUGCCGCUACAUGGCGGCGGCGGCGGCGGCUGCGCCUCAGCCAGCGCCCCGGAGCGCCGCCACCGCGCCCUCCCCGCACGGCCUGACCACCCGGGCGGGGCUUGAGCUCCUCCUGCCACGCCACGCCACAGCGCCGGCAAAAAAACCCUCGGCUGUAGGGCUUUGCCCUAGCUGCUCGCAGAGCUUCGCCCUUGGCACCUCGCCUCCGGGCGCGGCUUGGCACGCCCCGCGGGCGGGACUCGCCGCAUCCUCAAGGCCCGGCGGUGGCGAUCGCCAGGAAAGCCGUACAAUUGCACCAGCAAAUAUGCUCCCUACAAAGACGUUCCCAGCACAGCAAAGCGUGAGAAUCACUGAUGUCAUUCUGAAGCUAAAGACAGUCCCAACUCUCCUUUCUGGCUGUAACUGAUUUCCCAAGAUGUUUGCAAAAGCAACAAAGAAUUUUGUGAGAGAAACUGACAGUGGAGGUGACUUGAUCCCUGUCUCCCACUUGAAUGCUUCAGACAAGCUGCAGCUUCUGGGCUUAGUUACAAAGAGGAAGAGAUUCUGGUGCUGGCAGAAGCCCAAGUAUCAUUUCUUGACAGUCACCCUGAGUGAUGUGCUUACUGAAGACAAACCGAUAAAACCAGUCAUUGUGGAGUCUGACUUUGCAAAAUAUACGGGGAAGUUUGAAGAUUUUGUUCAAGCAAGUAUUGAAACUUCUUUUGGGAAGAUCAGCCUAGCAGCUGGAGGAAAGGGCUAUGUGGAAAACCAGUCCUCAUUUGGAAACCUGAGGAAGCAGGAGAUUGACUUGCAGCAGCUUAUGAAAGACGUCAAGGACAGAACAAUAAAUCUAAGCAGCAGUUUGCUGCAACAAGUAAUAGAAAGAAAACGUGAAGUUCUGUGCAUCCUGAGAGAAAAGAUAAUAACAACUCAGAAGUGCACCAUCUCUGAACAUAUCCAGACAGAGGAAAAAAUCAGCGGUGUGAUGGGAUGCAGUACAAAAAUAGUAAAGGUUUCAGUGAAUGAAAAUGGAAGUAUGAUGAAGGAUUCUAGUGUGAUCCUUGAAAUUCCUCCUGCAACCACUAUUGCUUAUGGAGUAAUUGAGCUGUUUAUAAAGCCCAGUGGCCAGUUUGAAUUCUGUCUGCUGGAUGAACAGCAAGGGGGUUUUGAAAAAGAAAGCACAGAAGACUCAGCUUACCCCCAUUCAGCACUAUUCAAAGAUGCUUCGUUCCUCUAUCAGCCAGAUGCUGUUGAUAAUGAGGUGUACUUGGGGACUAAAAACCUCAUUCCCAGUGAUGCUUCUUUAAGUGUAUUGAGACAAGAUUUGUCACGGUUGAAGACUCAGUUCCAGCCCUUUGUGAAGCUGCCGGAAGACAAGCAAAGAGCUUUAUAUAAAACCCUUUGUGAACUCUUGCUCCAUGAAGAAAUGGUAACUGCCCUUGAGAACGUGUUAGAUGAUAUCCGCACAGGAGGCACGCCAGAUCUGAGAGAGUUAAAGUCUGCUCAGGGAGACCUCCCUGACUUCUUACAGCUCUUAGGGUGCAGCUUACAGAGUGACUUGCUGCAAAAAUAUCAGCCUCAGGAUGAAGAACUCUUCUCAGCUGCUCACCUCCUCAUCAGUGCUAUCUCUGAGCUGUCUGAUUACACUCUUGUCUUGCUGCGAGCCUGCUGUGAUCUCCAAGUUGUUCCAGCACUGUGUUGUUUGCCCAACAUUGCUUCAGCUGAUGGCUCUGUGGCACUGAGCAGUCCUCCAGUGGCUACUCUCACCAACAGAGGAAGAUUUGAUGUCGUGCAGAGGCUGUUUGCUUCAUCAAACAUUAAUUUGGAAAUAACAGAGUCUUCUGUAAAAGCUGUAACUAUGAAAGACCCAGGAUUCAUCCCUCUUGUUCUUUAUGUUGCAUUGUGUGGAUUUUGUGCUUUAGGUGGAAGUGUAUAGGAGCCUUGCUGAGUAUCCAGUUCUUGCUCUAGACUGUUCUUUAUUCUGUAGCUCAGCAGUGUAGCAUUGGUGUGUUUGAAGUUGCAGUAGAGCCACUCAGACUUGCAGCAGUCCAGGCAGGAGCUGUGGAGGUCAGGGUGGACUUGGCACACCCCGGGUGAGCGCUUGGAACUGCCAUCAGUUGUGCUACUGCUCUGCAGUGCCACUGCGCUAUGUCUGCAGUAGAAAAUACAUAAAUAAGGGAUGAAGGGGAGGAAUUAAAAAAGACAAGUCUGGAACAGAAAUUGAACAUAGCUAUUCUGGUAGUUGUCAGAUCUGCAGGGCAGUAGAAGCCUGAUUGCUUGCAUUAAUAUGCGUGGGAGAGAACUGCAAAGUACAAACUGCUUUUUGUAAGGAAGCAAACAAGCAGGCAGUAGAAAUCCAGGAUUCUGCAACACAGUAAAUGUUUUGCUCUUUUAAGACUUGAUGUGCAAAACAUCUUCACUCCGGAACAAGUGGAAUGGAGGACUCUCAAAGAGGUUACUCAAUUAGGCUGUCGUUUAUUAAGCUUUACAGAUAGGAACCCCUCAUUGCAAGAAAUAAAGAAGCUUCUUUUUCAAAAGCUAUGACCACCUUAGGGAUUUAUGCCUAUGUUCAGCAUUUCUGAUUUCUAGUAAGUUUAUGCUCACCAUAGCAAGCCUCAGCUGUUUAAAUUGCAUUUGGAGCUUUCUCUUCAGGUACGGUGGUGAUCUUUGGCAUGCAGCUUAGCUAGAGGGUAGGAAUCCUGGAUUCGUCUUUUUGCUCUAUUCCCACUUGGUCUUGAGCACAAGAGGUCAUUAAAACCUCCUGUCAGUUAAGCCUUCCCCAAGCAAAUGGACUUGGCAAAGAAAGCACCACAGUACCUUUCCAUACCCUGAGAGUGCAGGACAGCUUCGACCACUGAGCUGUUGGCCUUUCUGUGUCUCUGUAUAACAAAGCUGAUGUUUUUGCCCAAACCUUGCACUGGUGUAUAUGGAAAUGCCCUGUAGGAGGAUGGAAGCAUGUUACUAUGCUUCUGGGAGCAGUGUCUGUGCGUGGGAAAGUCGUCUUUUGCCUCUGGGGAAAUGUAAAUGGGUAAGUCCAAAGCUGCUUUUGUAUCUAAUUCAUUUAUCAUACUUUCUAUUACAUGUUAUGUCAGAACAAUAGAACAUCUUCUAACCUCA